ACUGAGAUCAGAGACAUGGGAGUUCGAGGAGCCUUCCACCUUCUGCUCGUGUGCCUGAGCCCAGCACUGCUGUCUGCUGUGCGAAUCAACGGGGAUGGCCAGGAGAUCCUGUACCUGGCAGAAGGUGACAAUGUAAGACUGGGCUGCCCCUACAUCCUGGACCCUGAGGAUUAUGGUCCCAGUGGGCUGGACAUCGAAUGGAUGCAGGUCAAUUCAGACCCUUCACAUCGGGAGAAUGUGUUCCUUAGCUACCAGGACAAGAGAAUCAACCAUGGCAACCUCCCCCACCUGCAGCAGAGGGUCCGCUUUGCGGCCUCGGACCCCAGCCAGUACGACGCCUCCAUCAACCUCAUGAACCUGCAGGUGGCCGACACAGCCACCUAUGAGUGCCGGGUGAAGAAGACCACGAUGGCUACCCGGAAGGUCAUCGUCACCGUCCAAGCUCGGCCCGCAGUGCCCAUGUGCUGGUCUGAGGGCCACAUGGCGUAUGGCAACGAUGUGGUGCUGAAGUGCUUUGCCAGUGGGGGCACCCCGCCUCUCUCCUACAAGUGGGCCAAGAUCAGUGGGCACACCCACCCCUACCGUGCAGGAUCCUAUCACUCGCAGCACAGUUUCCAGUCUGAGCUGUCCUAUCAGGAGUCCUUCCACAGCUCCAUUAAUCAAGGUGUGUUUAACGGCGAUCUGGUGUUGAAGGACAUCUCCCAUGAGGAUGAUGGGCUGUACCAGUGCACGGUGGCCAACCACGUGGGCUACAGUGUGUGCGUGGUGGAGAUGAAGGGCUCAGACUCCCGGCGUGCAGGCGUGAUCGUCGGCGCAGUGCUCGGCUCUCUGCUCCUGCUGGGCUGCCUGCUGCUGGCCAUCUGGGCGCUCACCUGCUGCUGCUGCGGGGGAGCUGGCGGGGCCCGCGGGGCCUUCGGCUAUGGCAACCGCAGCGGGGUCGGCGGAGGGGCCUGCGGAGACUUGUCUAAUGAGAUCAGAGAGGACGCCGUGGCGCCCGGGUGCCAGGCCCGCGGGCGCGGCAGCCGCGUCACCCACCUGCUGGGGUACCCGCCGCAGACCGCCCGCCGCUCCCAGCGCCGCCCGUGCGCGCCCCCGCCCUGCGGCGGCCCCGAGGACGUGGCCCUGGCGUCCCGCACCGCCGCCUGCGAGGCGGGCCCCGCCCCGGUCUACGUCAAGGUCACCUGCGCCGAGUCCGAGGACUGCGCCCGGGGGUCGCGGCCGGGCAAGGACGGCCUGGUGGUGUGA